UUGAACCCCGAGUCCGCCCUAUCUCCAACAUAUAUAUGCGUUAGGUGCACAUCGUCUGUGUGGGGAACUGCAUCGUGAUCAUCUCAACUUAUCUUCCUACUCUUUCUAGAUACACUUUUCAGCCGUCUUGUUCCUGCAAAAAAGCAUUUAUACAGCCGGAAUAUACCCCGCUUCCUAGAGGGUUGAGAUAUCUGGGUUGGACAAAUUGUGCUUACCAGGACUUCAAUUGACCUGAAGUCAUUGGAGGGGGCCUCUUGAUUGUGAUAUUUGGCUUUAUUCGGAUCUAGACGGGCGAAGAAAAAACCAACAUGUCCGAAUCAAUACAUCUGAUCAUAAUCGGCGCUGGCCUAGCUGGUCUUUCAGCUGCCGUCUCAACCAAAAUAGCCAACCCAAACCACCGAGUCACAAUCCUUGAGUCCGUAAAAGAACUCCUAGAAAUAGGCGCCGGACUCCAACUAACCCCCAACUCAACCCGGCUGUUCAAACCCUGGGGCAUCUACGAUCAGCUCGCGCCAAAAGCCACCUUCCCCGUAGCCCUCUCCGUCCACCGGUACGACGGUACCAAGCUCCUCGCUCACACGCCCAAUUUCCAAGAGGAAAUCGACGAACGCUACGGCUCUCCAUACUGGGGAAUGCACCGCGUGGACCUCCAGCGAGCGAUGGCAGCGCGAUGUAAAGAACUCGGCGUCACUGUCCGCCUCAAUUCUAAGGUUGUCUCCGUCGAUUUCGAAAAUGUCGAAGUCAAGCUGCGAGACGGCGAGGUAAUUGACGGCGACGUCAUUCUCUGUGCUGAUGGACUCUGGUCUGCUACCCGGUCUCAGUUCCUGGGAAAACCAAGCCCUGCGAUUCUUACAGGCGAUCUAGCCUACCGUAUUGUAAUCAACACAAAUGAUCUCACGGGGCCAGACGCUCCUGAAUUACAGAAAUUCAUCAGAGACAGCACUGUCAAUUUCUGGGCUGGACCAGAAACGCACGUUGUUGCUUAUACUCUGCGCGCGGGCGAUGUGUACAAUAUCGUGCUUCUGUGUCCGGAUAACUUACCCCCUGGAGUGAGCAAAGUGGAUGGCGAUCUCGAGGAGAUGAAAGAGCUGUUUGUUGGCUGGGAUCCGAUUCUGAGGAGGUUUCUGAAUCAGGUUAAGGAGGUCACGAAGUGGAAACUUAUGUGGCUGGAUACGUUGCCGGAGUGGGCAAAUGAGAAAGGCACGUUUUUGAUGAUGGGCGAUUGUUGUCAUCCUAUGUUGCCGUAUUUGGCGCAGGGUGCGAACUCGAGUCUUGAGGAUGGGGCAGUCGUUGGUGCGUUGCUUGGAAAGGUCAAUGGGAAAGGGGAGGGAAAGGAGGAGCAGUUGAAGAAGUGUGCGAAGUUGUACCAGGCGUUGAGGAAGGAGAGGGGUGAGGGAAUUCAGAGAGAAACGUUCAAGCAAAGGCAUGAUUUCCACCUGCCAGAUGGGAAGGAGCAGGAGGAGAGGGAUGAGUUGAUGCUGAGUAUGUUGGGUAAGGAGUUGAGGGCGGAUUUCCCAAGUCGCUGGACAUGUCCGAGGGUUCAGAGAUGGUUGUAUGGGUAUGAUGCUUACAAGGAGGUGGAGGAGGCUUUUGCCAGAGACCCAUUUUGAAAUGUCAGAGAGGAUAGAAUUAAUUGCUUACCAAAUCGCUUGUAAAACGAAAUUGGAUUGGUAAUGCAGAGUGAUGUUUGAUGCGGCUCAAUGCAUCGAUGUUCCACAGCGGACGUGAAUCGCUCCUGUCGAAGGCUCCUUAGAAAGCUUGACUCUACACACAAUAAAUGAAUGUCUUGAUUCAAC